AGGGGCAUCAGGUCGGGCGGGCGGUGCUGCGCAGGCGCGAGUCCCCUCCUUAACGGCUCACUAGUCUGCACGCCUCACCACCUUCACCUGAGCGCGUGCAGCCGGAGGAGGCGGCAGCGGCAGUAGCCAGAGAGCGAAGGCAGCAUGUCAGACCAGGAGAGGAUCCAGGCGCGUCUGCGGAAGGAGAUCCGCUCCCUGCUCAUCUCCAGCAAGGACGGCCUGAGCCCGCAGCAGCUGGAGAGGGAGUACCUGUCCAUGGGGGGCAGCCACCUGCCGCUCCGUGUCCUGGGCUACCGGACCACCAUGGAGCUGGUCUUGGCCAUGCCCGAUGUGGUGAGCGUCUGCCCCUGCAGAGAUGGCACCGUCAUUCUCAAAGCCAUUCCAGAUGAAACAACCAAAGGAAUAGCAAGUUUGGUUGCAAAACAAAGGAGUAGUAAGAAGCUUCCAAAUUCUGCCCAGAAAAGAAGGGCAAGAGUUGGUUCUAGUUCUGGUUCUCGUCAAAGAAUACCGUACCGGGGGAGGAUACUUCCCAUUCUUCCAGCUGUGGUAAAGAGUGAACUAAGAGACCUCUUGGCUUUUUCUCCAAUCCUCCUUUCUGAUUUCGAAAAGGCCUUUGCAAAGAGAUUUGGACGACCGUUCCAAUAUAUGCAAUAUGGAUUCCUUUCUAUGUUUGAAGUGCUGAGUGCAGCUUCAGAUAUCAUUGCUGUUGAGCAGACCUGGGCAGGUUCUUUGUUGACCUUAAAGCAAAAUCUACCAAGUGAACAGAAGAGGGGGUUACCAGCAGGUAAAACAUCACAAGCUGGAACAAAACAAGGCAAAUCCUGCAUGCAAACACCUAUAGUAAAGACACAUUUGCCAGAACCUGCUUCAGCUACUGAGCCACUGAAACAGCCACAUCCAGUGAAAACCACAGAAUUGAAUGAUGUGGAGGCCUCUUCUUUGGACCAAUCUGAGGAAUUAAACCAGCUGGAAAAUAUUUUUAAAUCAGUGAUUGCACAAAUUGGACCAAGAGGGACCAUCGAUUCAGAACUAAAGAAGAAAAUAAAGUUUGUUGCAUCCAAAUUUCCACAGGGAUUGCUUAUUUCUAAGCUGCUUGGAGAGUUUGAGGCAGUUUUUAAAGAGCCACUUUCACCAAAGAGAUUGGGAUUUUUAAACAUUGCAGAGCUUGUUGGAUCUCUUAGUGACAUUCUCCAUGUUGAGUUCAGGGAAGGUGAAAAAGAGUUGUUGGUGUUUGAUGCAGAAAUGAAGCAUUUGACAACAGAUAUUAAGGACACUGCCUGGAAUUAUUCUGUGGAAAAGCAUAGAGAUGUAGAAGAGAUGGUCUGCAAGAAAUCCAACCCAGUCAUGAAGCCUGUGCCCCUGCAUGUGGGAAUGAAACACUCACAGCUCAACCUGGAGAUGUCAAGAUACGAAAUCCCACCAGAUGCUGUGCAGAACAGGAAGCUCUGCAGCUUUCCGGCAUUAGAUAGAAGUAUCCUAGUAGCGGUCUGUGUAGAGUAUAUAAUCUCUCCUAGUCAGUUUUAUAUCCGAAUCUAUAGCAGAGAUUCAUCACAGCUAUUUGAGGAUAUGAUGAUUGAAAUGAGACGUUGCUAUUCCAAUCAGCUAGUAUCUGAUCGCUAUGUCAUGCCAGAAUCUUUUAUCCAACCUGGCCAUCUCUGUUGUAUAAGGAGUUCUGAGCGUAAGUGGUGGUACCGAGUCAUUAUUCAUCGAAUUCUUGGGAAGCAAGAAGUUGAGGUGUUCUACACAGAUUUUGGAAAUUUGGGAGCUGUUCAGAAGUCCUCUCUGAGAUUUCUCAAGUGUUGCUACGCCAAGCUUCCUGCUCAGGCCAUUCCUUGUUCCCUGGCUUGGGUGAGGCCCAAAGAGGAGCAUUGGACACCCCAAGCAGUAUUGCAGUUCCAGAAGCUGUGUAGCUUCAAGCCAUUGGUGGGGGUAGUGGAUGAGUAUGUUGAUGGAGUCCUCAACCUCUUUCUGUGUGACACAUCCUCAGAUGAAGACAUCUAUUUCCAUCACGUCCUGAGAGCAGAAGGCCAUGCCAUUGUCUGCCGAGAAAAUGUCCCAUCUAAGGGUUUCAGAAAGCUCAACCCCUUAACCUUGUAUACACAAUGCAGUCCAAGGCCUGAAGAACCUGGUUUGACAGAACUGGGUCUUCCUUCCCGUCAGCAUUAUUUUAAGGAAGACCGAGAAAUAACAGGCCCAGAAAAUGAAUUGAGAAGUAUUGGUGACCAAAAGUCUGUCAGUUACCUGGAACCUGAAGCUGAGGUGCCAUUUCUGGGUUCAGACGUAGUUUCAUCAGAAGCCCAAGAUGAGGAGUGUAAAGAAAACCAAGAGCUAGAGUAUCCUAUUGAGAUGCCAUACCUUGGAUCACUGUGUAUAGGUGAUGAUGUUUGGGAUGAAAACUGGCUGGCUCUACAGACUGACAAAGAGAAGAGAAAUGAGAAUGCCUCACUUUUAUUUACAUCAGGACUUACUGGAAGGAAGCAGUGUCAGCCAUGCAAAGAAUCACUGCAGAAGAGAUGGUGUUCUGCUGCUGAAGAACCACGGAAUGCUGCAAGGCAGCAUUCAGAGUCAGAGAAUGAUAUGAGGAUUGAACUUAAAACAUCAAAAUUCCAGGAACAGGGUGCUCAGGAAACUAUCACUGACACAGCCAAGAACCACAAGAGAUGUUACUCCAGGAAAUAUGAGGAAUAAAGAUUCUUCCAGCAACCAUGGCCUUACAGUGUUCAAAGAUACCACCUGUGCCCAACAAGGAUCCAUGGAACAGAUCUCUUUUAUACUCUCUCUUGAUUUUGAAGUGUUAAUUCAAGGCUCCUUCCCUUAUCUUCAUUGUCUCUGCCACUAUAUUACAAUAUUUUCUGUUCUCAGUAAUAAAACCUGUAUUCUAUGGAAGCUU